AUGUUUGUAGCUGUUAUUCGUAAGUUUGUAAAAGGUAUUGCAUCUAUAAUAUACUCUGUUUAGUCGCAAUAUUGUGUGUAGGUAGUGUCAAUGGACAGUUGGGUUGGCCAUUCAAUCUACUGGGUAUGAACUACGGAUAUGGUAGAUGUUGUCAAAGUUACAGUAAGUCAAAAUGUAGUCUUGAAUUAAUAAAAUGUCAUGUUUAUAUGUUAUAGCACAGAAUUGUUUAGUAAUUUAAAUACAAUGGCAAAAAAUUAAAUUACCGUCUAAAGGAAGGUAUGCAACUUAAAUUACCGUAUAAAGGAAAUUAUACUAUACUGUAGAAAACGAAAUUUGAUCUUAGAUCCGUGUAUGAAUCCAUGUUCAUAUAACUAUGGAUACGGUGGAUAUAAUCGCUUCGGAUACGGUGGCUACGGUAUGCCAGGAUAUGGUGGUUAUGGCUAUGGUAUGCCAGGCUAUGGCGGGUACGGUAUGGGCUACGGUGGAAUGGGAAUGAUGAAUGGGUAAAAUAAUAUUUCAAUAACUCCAAGUCGUAUAUUCUUGGCUUCAAUUUUAAACAUUAGUAUUAUGAUCGUUAUUAGUCUGUAGAACUAUUACAUAUAUACGCUCAGUAGUUUAUAUUAGACUAGUUUAGAAGCCUUUGUAUUUUAUCUCAAAAAAGUGACUAAAAGUACAGUAUAAGUGUUUCUAGACUAGGCUAUGGCAUCGGAAUGCCUGGAAUGUACGGUGGCCUUAACAACAUGUAUGACAAUGGAGCUAGUAUCUUCGACAACCCAGGCCUCUACGGAAUGAACUAUGGUUAUGACAGUGCGACGCUAGGCAGGCCAGGUCUUUUGGGUCAAGGUAAAUUAAAAUUCAUUGAUCAGCUCUAUCAACUAAAGCAACGAACUAAAAAGUAUAUUAUACUUAACUGUUAGGUUAUUCAAAUAAUUAUCUGCCCCCUAACAAAGCAAAAGUUCGGAGUUAAGGAGCACGGAACUAUUUGAACAACCUAAUAAGAUACAGUCCUGAUAUCAACUAAUUUCAAUCUCUUGUAUAUACCUUAAUGAAACUUCUUAUUACUGUAACAACAAGACAUUAUAGGUAUUGCACCAUAUGGCCUAACCCCACUGAGGUACAAAGAGAAGAAGUCAGUAAAACCAGAAGAACUCGAGAAGAGUUCAGCUGACUCUGCUAUGAUCAUAUCCAUGGAUCAUCUUCUUCAAGAUACGAAAAAGUAA